AUGACUGGGAAAAUUCUUCUCUUGGGACUCCUGCUUGUCUGUGUGGCUGCAGAUAUAAAGAACUCAGGAAUGCCAAGAGAGCCAUCCUGUGCAGGUGCAACUAAAAACAUGAUGUGUGUCAUGGUCUAUAUCCCUGUCUGUGGGAGUGAUGGAAUCACAUACGGCAAUGAGUGUGUGCUCUGUGCUACAAUACAAGCUUCAGGGAGGAACAUUUUGAUUGCCAAGGAUGGAGCAUGCUAACCAGAGCAGAUGCCCAGCAAGUGCAUCUCAACAAUGGAAAUAAGCAUAAUAAA